AUGACCCGGGAAAAAACACUCCGUAUCGUUCUUGAGAAUGUCGACUUUCGUCUGCCGACUCAAGUCACGGAUGACAACAGCGUCGUUGCUCUAAAGAGCCUGGUCUUCGAGCCCUUGCUUAGAUGGCAAGCACAUGGCCACGUCAAACCUGGUUUGUUCGAUACCUGGGAGUUCUCACCAGAUGGCGGGACAUGGCAUUUUCAUAUUCGUGAUGGAGCUGUUUUUCAUGACGGAAAGCCUUGUAACGCUGCAGAGGUUGUGACUUAUAUCCACGGCUUCUUACAUUCUCGGGACUAUUUCGGGAUGUCAUGGAGCUAUAGUCGUUACUUUGCACAAACCAAAUUUACUGCUGAGGAUGACCGCACGGUGAAGGUCGAGAAUCCGGAGCCGAUUGCGGAUAUUUUGGACAUAUUCUGUGAAUUUUGGCCAUCCCGCAUAGCGGAAGAUGGAAAACCGGUCCUAGGAACUGGGCCUUACCGAGUCACUGAAUUUGAAAGAGUAGAUGGUAUUGGGAAGGCAACCUUACGACUUGUGGACAGGCACUCCUUCACAGGUCCGGAUGUCAUCAUCGCAACGCACGAGCGUGAUGGUGAGAAAAGGCUGCGGCUCUUGAAAGACGGCGAAGUAGACGUUGCUCUGAAUCUCGAAAGAGCAGACAAUCUUGGCGUUAUAGAUUUCAAUCCAAGUCUUCGUUGGGGAAGGACGACCAGCACUCUAUCGGCCAUGUACUAUCUCAACUGCCCAUCUGGGAUAUUCAGCUCGCCCGAAGCACGGCUCGCCGCAAAUCUUGCAAUUGACCAGAAAAGUCUUGUCAAAAAAGUCUAUCAAGGGUUUGCGCUGCCUUCUGCGACUAUCGUGAGCCCUUUUCAUCUUGGGUUUGAGGAGUCGGGCAUCCAGCCUAUUCCAUACGACCCGUCUAAGGCUCGCGAACUUCUGCACGGGCUGGAUCUAAGCAGCCCUAUAUUGCUGCGUACUCCAGAAUACAUGCCUGAGCAUGCUCAGAAGAUUUCCCAAUUUGUCGCAUCUUCACUCGAAGCUGUAGGCUUCAAAGUCACCAUAGAGCUCGAGACGAAUCGUCCCGAAUACGCACGUCAAAUCGGACUCACGAAACGAAUCGGAGACCUCGCGUUAUUUGAUUCGACGCCCAAUAGCACAUUCCGUGUACUGGAUGACAAAAUCUCAAGUGAAUCGCAUGCUACUUGGUGGCUAGGUUACCACGAUACAGAGGUACAGCGCUUGUUCAAAAUAGCGAGACGACAAGUUGGUCUCGAUGAACGCAAACAGGCUUAUGCGAAAUGCUUGCAGAGGCUACAACAGAAUCCGCCCUGGCUUUAUGUGGCUCAUCCGGACGUAGUUUGGGCGACGACGACGGAUAUAAAGUUGGAGAUUGGACCUUCAGGUGUACUCUCACUGAGCUGA